CUCAGAUAGAACCACAGUUUUUGAUAGCACUGUCCUAGAGGAUUUUAGCAUUCUUUUUUUUUUCUCCUGGUUUUCCUUUAGUGUUUUAUUUCAUAACUGGUAGUUACCCAGUCAUAUUUUAAUUGUGAUGCUUUGUCACAUCCUCUAGAGAGGUUGGAACAUCUACAGCAUAUUUUCCUUUUCUGCCUGAUAUAUUGCCCUUAUGUGUGAUGUCAUUAUUCUUUUCUUAAGUGUAUGUCGUUCUAUUGGUGCAACUUCCUUUUAGUCAUCUGGAACAAGUAAAGGAAGACUGUGCGGUAGUUCCACAUGUCAACCAGUAGUGUUACAAGGACUCAGUCCUACCCUUCCAGUCAACCUAUGGGAACUUGGGGUCGAGCUUCUGACCACGUGUGAUGGAGGGCUAAAAGGCUUGCACUCAAAGAUGAUGAAGAAUCCCUUUAUUGGCUACUGAGCUGCAGGAGCUAAUGACUGUUCUUUUUAAGAGGUGACAGUUUCCAUAUGAGACCCAUUUGGCUGCAGUUCUCCCCCCAUGUCUCUCUGCUUUGAUGCUCUUCACCCUCUUCCCAUGAAGCAUGGACUCAGCAAGGCAGUCUUGAACCUGGAUGCCUGCCAACCUUUUCAGUAUAUUUCCUUUCCUGAGCAGGCAAACAAGCAUCAACUUCAAGGUGUCCAGUACUGAAGACACCAUUUUGGGUCUGAAGCAUCUAAAGGUUCUCAGUCCAAAAAGAAGAGUGAUUGGUUGCAGCAGAUGCAGGAGUAGUUGACUACAGAAGCAGCUGUGGUCUGAAGAGGUUAGAGUCUGGAGCAGAGCAUUCAACAAUACCACAAACUGCUUUAUGUUCUGAUGAAGCUUCAGUAUCACUCUCCCAGUGAAGUGCCUGAAUCCUGCCUGGUCAAUUCAAUUCAUGCUGGGCCGCGGUCUUCGAGGCCCCCUCAGCAGGGGAAGGGCUGCAGAAAAGACUGGCCACCGCUCACUGUACCCGCCGGGCAUCGAAGCCUCGCUCGACUUUGCCCUCUAGCGUCCAGCUGGGGAGGUGACGCAUUGGGCUUCUGCAGGCCUUUCUCCCAGCACCAUGGGCUCCACGAGUGUGCCGUCGGUCAAGGCCAUUCCCAGCUUGGUCUCUGACUAUGUCAACUAUGACAUCAUCGUCAAGCAUUACAACUACACGGGAAAGCUGAACUCUAGCGCGGAGAGCGGCCUUAAAGUGACCUCGGUGUUAUUCAUCCUUAUCUGCUGCUUCAUCAUCCUGGAGAACAUUUUCGUCCUCCUGACCAUCUGGAAAACCAAGAAAUUCCACCGGCCUAUGUACUAUUUCAUUGGAAAUCUAGCCCUGUCGGACCUGCUGGCCGGGGUGGCCUACACAGCCAACCUCCUUUUCUCCGGGGCCACCACCUACAAACUCACUCCAGCGCAGUGGUUCCUGCGGGAGGGUAGCAUGUUCGUGGCCCUGUCCGCCUCAGUGUUCAGCUUGCUGGCCAUUGCCAUCGAACGCUACAUCACCAUGCUAAAGAUGAAGCUGCACAACGACAGCAACAGUUUCCGCUCCUUCCUGCUCAUCAGCGCCUGCUGGGUCAUCUCGCUGAUCCUGGGGGGCCUGCCCAUCAUGGGCUGGAACUGCAUUGGCUCCUUACACAGCUGCUCCACCGUGCUGCCCCUCUACCACAAGCACUAUAUCCUCUUCUGCACCACAGUUUUCACCCUGCUCCUCCUCUCCAUCGUCAUCUUGUACUGCCGGAUCUAUUCCCUGGUGAGGACUCGGAGCCGGAGGCUGACCUUCCGCAAAAACAUUUCUAAGGCCAGCAGGAGCUCCGAAAAGUCGCUUGCGCUCCUCAAGACGGUCAUCAUCGUGCUGAGCGUUUUCAUAGCCUGUUGGGCUCCGCUCUUCAUCUUGCUCCUUCUGGACGUGGGCUGCAAGGUGAACACGUGUAAAAUCCUCUACAAAGCGGAGUAUUUCUUGGUAUUGGCGGUGCUCAAUUCGGCCACCAACCCCAUCAUUUACACGCUGACCAACAAAGAGAUGCGGAGGGCUUUCGUCCGCAUCAUGUCUUGCUGCAAAUGCCCUAGCGGGGACUCGGGGGCCAAGUUCAAGCGGCCCAUCAUUGGCGGCAUGGAGUUCAGCCGCAGCAAAUCCGACAAUUCUUCCCACCCGCAGAAGGACGACGGCGACAACCCGGAGACUAUCGUGUCCUCUGGGAACGUUAAUUCCUCUUCCUAAAACUGAACCCUGCUGCAGGCCUACAGGGGGUGCUGUGCUGACGCCUCCCCCUCCCAAUCCCACACUUUGUCGGAAAAGUUCUGUUGGGGUUCUCGGGUGCGAUCCAACCCCACCCCAACGGGUGGCGCCGCAGGGCCCUAGGAAGCAAGGGAGGGAGGGAAGGAAGGAAGAGCCAGAAGAGCCAGCGUGGUGCUGGUGGGCGGUGGGGAGUUUUGGUCCACGCGAACAAUGCACCGGGAAGGGUGGAGCUCUGUCCCUGAGAGACAGACUGUCCUGGCUCGGAAUACAUUUCCUCCCUGGAACUUGUUUUGACUUUGCACUGAGUCUGACUAAGGUCUAACAUUGUCAGGCUCCUGAAGGUUUCAGUUGGCUACUUCUUGAAGUCUUGAUCAAUGUCCCUAUGUGAAAGCGUCUGUUUGGGUCUUUGGGCUUUCCUUUGUGGGGAGUGGGAAACAAGAAAGAGAAGUUGGUUCCCUCUGCCCUAGUUUCUGUCAAGAUGGAUUGUAUCCCCCUCCCCCGUUUCCAAGGUGACUCUCCCUCCUUCCACCUCCAAUCCUGUUGUAUCUCCACUGUUCCCCACUCCAAGAUUUUCCAUUCCCUGUAUUAACUCCUUGGCUUCCACGGGAGGAGGAGGGAAUGGGAGCACACUUCACCUCUGGGUCAGCUGCAGUAGUCCCCUACUCUCACCUGUGAGGAAGCUGAGACGGCUUUUAGAUGUCAUGUAAUUUCAGCCGCUGAGUCCAAAGUUCCCGCUUUAGCCAGAGCUAAAGUAAAAAUUUGAUUGGAGCCAGGUUUGUUUUGUUUUGGGGUGCCAUUUCUGGAUAGCUUUUAAUGACAUGAGUUGCCUUAUCCUAGCUCCUGUGGUUGAAAGCUGGAGGAAGGAGGUCCAGUUCAUCUAAAUAUUAGUUUAUUUGAGGGUGGUUAUUUUGAGGCUCCAACCUUUGACCUCAGUGUCUUGGAAAGGUUAAGAAAAAAAAAACCUGACAGACAUGGAAGUGUUCUCUUGAAUGCUGUAAUCCACCAGAUAUCUCUCUGACUUCUAAAAAUGCCCCUAACACUUGACGUAUCUGUUUUUUUGGCAUUGUGUUGAUGCUGUGUUGUGUUUCAGAGGGGUCCUCAGCUUUUGGACAGAGAAGUGUUGGUGUUAGAUCGAUUUGUGUUCAGAUUUCCUAUCCAUGUUCUUUGAAUGUAUUUGUUUCUGCAUCUUUUGUUUUACUGGAUUUUUUUUUCUAACCUGUGUUAACAGAAUUGAAUGUGUGCAUGUGUUAACAAGAUGCAGGUCUUCCAUGCCCUAGAGCAUUACUGUAACAGACGGGGACACUUCAGGUAGUUCCCUCAGAACAUCCUAUUACUAUACAGUUACUGGGGAGGUGUAGAAACAUGAUUUUGUAAAAAGAGUAAAAUAAAGAUAUAUCUCUGCCUCUGUAGUAUGGUUUCCAGUGCAAUUAAAAUGAGUAUUUUCUUGUU